AUGUACACUAGACACGGCGGACCGGUGGUAUCCGAAUGGCUUGCAGCAAGACUCCAUAACAUGAUCGAAUCAGCAAGCCUAGAUGAAUUUCCUCACACAUUAUCAACACUGCGAGCUUAUCGUGGCUACUUUAAACGUUUUCCCAUUCCUGCUCUAUUGCGUGAUUUCGUGGAUGAACAAGGAUACCCGUUAGAUAAUGUAUCGGUCAACGACCUAACGAUCGAACAACGAUUGACGCUCGGAUUCUUGAAGGCUGAUACCGAAUGCUUACAGCAUAUUCCGUACGAAAACAACGAUCUCCACAGUAACCAAGAAGGCUCUACAGGCAGUGUAGCGAUCAUUGAACCGAGAGAUGAGAAGCCAUUUUGGGAGAGUGAACAAUACGAUAUUUUGAUCGGCCACGUCGGCGACACGCGAAUUUUAUUGUGUGAUGCUACAUCUGGAGAAGUGGUGACAUUGACUACUGGGGAUCAUCAUCCAGGCAAUCCGGCUGAGAUUGAUCGAUUACGCAAAUAUGCCGGUUUUGUGACCACCGAUUCCUGGGGUGAUGAUCGAAUACUCGGCAUGUUGGCUACAAGCAGAGCCUUUGGUGAUGCACGAUUAAAACGUUAUGGAGUAUCAUCCGAGCCCGAUAUUAUGCGGUAUACCUUUAACAACGACAAACCGGCGGCAUUUAUGGUUUUGGUGACAGACGGGAUCACUUCCGUGAUGUCUGACCAAGAGAUCAUUGAUUUCAUUAAACAAUACAAAGAUCCUACGACGGCGGCUAAAAAGCUGGUCGAUGCGGCAGAUCAGUAUGGUUCCGAAGAUAACCUCAGCGCAAUGGUGGUGCGACUGGGACAUUGGGGAACUCGAAUGCCAGAUUUUACGCAUGAAUUGCGCAAAUAUAAACUAGAAAACUCUUCGAUGAGCAAUCGACAAAGCUGGUAA